AUGGUACACAAGCUCAACGUCGCGAUUACACCACUCAACUAUGCGGACAUUGAUGCCUGCGCUAGCAUCUCGCGCGAUUCAUUCGCGGUAGAUCCCCAUACCAUUGUCAAGCAACUGGGUCGCGAUGGUUACGACAUGUACGUCAUGGCCCGCCGGGGAUAUCUCAGUAACCUGGAGCGCAAAAACAUGGUCUUUGUCAAGGCCGUGGACAUCGACACGGGCGUCAUUGUCGGCUACGGAGGCUGGAUCUUUCAAAGCGUCCAGCAGGACCUAGUUCCGUGGAAUGGACCGGCGGAUGCAAGACCGGAAGAGGAACAGGAAAAGGGCAAUGUGCCAAAGGAGCCAGAGACGAAAGGAGAGCCCGACUCCAUCGACCGCCUACACGCGAUGGAGGGCGAGGACAUGCAGUAUUUCCUGCACAAGCUUAUCCCGGCCAACGAUCCGUGCAUGAUCGUCAUGGGCGUCGGUGUCGCGCCGGCGCAUCAGUCACGCGGUGUCGGCAGCGCGCUCCUACAGCACGGCAACGCCAUUGCCGACCGUCUGGGGCUUCCCAUCUGGGUCCAUUCCUCGCACCAGGCGGUUGAAGCGUACGGCAAGGGCGGGUUCGAGCCGGUGCGCACUCUGGAUGUCGACCUGGACGAGUAUGCGCCGCGGCCGCCCCGCGACGACGAGCCGGUCAUGGGCGAGAGGGGCAGCGGCAAAUGGGGGCACUAUGUGAUCAAGUAUAUGAGGCGGGAGCCUAGGAAGUAG